AUAUCAAAAUACAAAUUUUUGCCUAGCUGCCGUUUUACAAACAAACAAAAGAAUAAAGUACAAAACAACCAACCACAAAUCUUAAACAAUUUUUAAACAACAAUUUAAUAAAGCACUUUACAAAGAAGAACACCAUAAUAAGUAAAUAUUCAACUUUGCAUUAAAACACGCAAAACCAGUGAGUUCAAAAUAAACGAAAUACAAAUCUUGGAGUAGCUUCAACUUAUAUUAUAGUAUACAAAUCUAUUAUACGGAUAUAAACAGAGUGUUUUACACUAGCCAACAAACAAACCAGUCGAAUCAGAAAAAUUUUUACGAAGAACUACCUCAAAAAGCAGACGAACAAACGAAAAGUGAACCGAAAAGUGUACAAAAACUAAAAACGAAUCUUCGAAAAAAAAAAAAAAAAGCCCCGCAGUUUUUCAAUACAACUGCAUAGCCAUGCCAGUGUUUGAGCUUAAAUGGCGUCUUCAAUUUUAGCCCAGAGCAGCACAGGUGCUACCGUCGACAGCAGCAACUUGGGAGCAACUGCAGCAGCAGCCACAUCUGUGGAGGCCACCGUGUCCAGCCUGCACAACACCCAUCUCAACCAGCUGAGCAGCCUCAGCCAGCACUACACCACGCCGUACCACCAUCCGCAUUCGCAUUCGCAUCCGCAUCAUCACUACCAGCAGCACUAUCCGCAGCAACAACAUCUGCAGCAGCAGCAACAGCAGCAGCAUCACGCCCAGCAGCAACAUCAGCAGCAGCAGCAGCAACAGCAGCAGCAGCAGCAGCACUGGGACUACUAUGCCAGGCAGCAGCAGCAACAUCAACAGCAGCAGCAGCAACAGCAACAGCCAGCGGCCGCCACCGGCAACACCAACGGCAACAGCAGCAACAACGGCAACAACAGCAACGCCGACGGCAGCAAUACCACGGUUCCAGCGCCUUUGGGCAGCAGCAGCAACAGCAGCAGCAACCAUGCUAAUGCUGCAAGUGGAGGCAACAGUGGCCAGCGGCACGGCGAUGCCAAUGCCAAUGCCAUUUCCGCCGCCUCCUCCGCAGUAGGAAAUCCGGGUAACCAGCAACCCAACAACUCAGCCGGCAACGCCAACUCGAAUUCGAACUCCAAUUCCAACUCGAACGGCAGCUACACGCGUCCCUGGGAAAUGGAGUCCAAGGACAAUGGACCACAACCCCAGGCGCAACCCCAUCUGCAGCUAAAGAGCGGCUUCGAGCCGUUCUCCAAGCUGCCGUCGUUUCAAAGCCAGUUCCAUGGCUUCAAUGAGCAAUUACUACCGGAUGGAACACCCAUGCCUGUGCCCAUAGGAGCAGGAGUGCCACCAGGAUCGGCAGCAGCAGUAGCAGCUGCUGCAGGUUCCAUACCUCCUGGCUCCGUAGGUCCCAAUUCAGUAGUGGGACCCGUGGGACCCACCGCCAUGAGCUCCCUGCAAACUGUGGCCAUGUCGCCGGCCAGCAUUUCGGUCAGCUCGCCGGGCAUGAUGAGUGUGGGCUCACCGUUGACCCAACUCUCGAGUCUGCAGGCCAGCAUCACGCCGCCAUCAGCGGGCAGCUUUCCGGCACCACCGCCGCCGAACGCCUUUGCGCACCACCACGCCCUCAAUCCACACCACCAUCAUCGAGGAGCCAGCGGGUAUCCCACGCCCUACGCGGAGCUGCCACUCUAUCCGGGAUUCACCCCGUUGAGUGUCAAGAAGGAGCCGAGCUCGGGCAGCAGCGACUUCGAGAUGCUGCUCAAGAAGGAGGACUUUGAUCUCAGCAACAGCGGUGGCGGCGGACUGAUCCACCAUCCGCUGCAGCACGGCCAGCCGCAUCCCAUACCCAUGGGCAUGCACACGCCCACCUCGUACGAUGGCAACAACAGCAACAACAGCUAUCCGCAGGCGGCUGGCGGUGGAAGUGGCAGUCAUACACCGCACACCACCACGACCCAGCCCACGCCCACCACCACCACUCCGGUCAAGGUCGAGAAGUUGCUGCAGUCGCCGAUAGCUCGGCUAGAAGCGCGGAAGAAAGAGCGCCGGAAACAGCGGCCCAAUUCGCUGGAGUCCAGUGCCGAGAGUGAGGCCAGCGGCAUGGACGUAGACCCCAGCAAUCCUGGCCAAGUGGACGCCGUCUCCAGCACGGCCAAUUUCAAGAGUCCGUUGAGUGCCCUGGGCAUGGGGGAUAGCAACGAUGCCCAUGCCAGUGGAUGCGACAAGCAGGACUACGGUCGUCGCCACCAUCUUCCGCCACCCACACUGAACCACCCGCCAAUGACACUGCCACCACCCACAAUCACAAUAACACCCACCACUCACAACCAUAACCACCAGAACCACAACCACAACCACUCCAACGACAACUCCUCUUCCUGCUCUCUUUUCCAGUCCAAGAAGAAGCGCAAGCGGUGCGGCGAGUGCGUGGGAUGCCAGCGCAAGGACAACUGUGGGGAGUGCGCCCCCUGCCGAAACGACAAGAGCCACCAGAUCUGCAAGCAGCGCCGCUGCGAGAAGCUCACCGAAAAGAAGGAACCCAAAGCCAAAACCAUCGUGUUCGGUGCUGAUGGUCAGCCCGUUCGACCCGAUUCGAAACGCGGCCGAGGCAAAGGAAAGUCAUCUGGUUCCGGAAAUGGAUCGGUUAACGCCACAGGUAUCGCCGCCGGCAAUGGAACACCAACAACUGGGUCACGCGCCCGCAAAAACUCCACCAAAGCAAACAAACUGAAUGCAGCCGCUGCAUCAGCAACAUCGCCUCGUCUAAGUCCAGUGCCUGCAGCAACACUGUUGCCGCAGCAAUCGCCAAAUACCACAUCAGCAACAGGCAACCUGCAGCAGCAGCAACAGCAGCAGCAGCAGUACCAGCAGCAUCAGCAACUUUUGUCGCAGCAGCAACUACUGUCGCAGCAGCAACAGCAGUACCAGCAGCCGCAGCAGCAACAGCAGCACUUCCAGCAGCAGCAGCAGCACUUGCAGCAGCAGCAGCACGCACAGCAGCAACAUUUGCCACAGCAGCAACAUCAGAUAACCGCACAAAUCCAAACCAUGAAGGAUCAACCGCAACAGCCCAUGGCACCCAUGGCCUUCUACCCCACAUGGCAGGCGGAUCCAUCGCAGGGCUGGCAGAACCAGUUCAUACAGCAGAUACCACAGAACACACCGGCCAUAACGUCCUUGAACUCCCUGGACUUCCAGACGCAGUCGUAUGCGUAUCCCUCGAACGGCUACGUGCAGUCGGGAUUGGGAUUCGAUCCCAACUACGGUAGGUCGCCAUAUGCGGCGCCAGUGCAGCGCUACGACUUCCAGAGCCAGCAGCUGUCCACGGCUCCGUCGGCCAUCAACCAGGUGGGUCUGCAGAGUGUGGCGGGAUUCGCGCCCAGCUACGCAGGGCAGGUGUCCGCCGCACCAGUGCCUCCGUCGCAGCAGCAACAACAGCAGCAGCAGCAACAGCAGCAGCAGCAUCUGGGAGCGGACCUGAACAAGACGAUGUCGGGAAACGACACGCCUGGAUAUCCGCGGGUGAGCAGCGUGCCGCCGCGCUCACUCAACUGUAACGGGUAUUCAGGCGAUUACAGCGGUUCCCCAGCCACCAACAGCAACAACAACAGCAGCAGCAACACCAGCAAUACGAACAACAGCAACCCCAGCAACAACAACGCCACCACAGUGGUCAGCGGAGGCACCACCACGCCAGCCCCACCUCCUACAGUGGUGGCCCAGCCCGCCUCCUCGCCCAUGCAGCCACCCAACCAGGCGGUGCCCCAGUCGCCCACGCGCAGCAACAUGCUGCAGCAGCAGCAGCAACACCAGUCGCCCACGGGCAACGGGCUGCAGCCCUACGUGGCACCGCAGCAGCAGCAACACCUCUCCUCGCCACCGAUGCAGGACUGGAACUGGCAGCAGCAACAGCAGCAGCAGUCUUUGGGCGGCGAGGGAUAUGCCCAGGGUGAGAGACUUCAUCUGAACACACGCAUCAAGUCGAUGAUCAUGCGCAAGAGCGAUCCCAAGGAUCCGCCGCAGGACCUGCAGCAGCAGCCGCAGCAGGUGCAGCAGCAGCAGUCGGCGGUGCAGCAGCAACAGCAGACCGGUCAUUUUUUAUCGUAUAGCCACCAUCUCCGGCCCGAAGCGGCGCUGAGCGCCAACGGACCGAGCAAUGCCACGCCCACCCACCCACUGCCCAACCUGCAGCAGCAGCAGCAGCAAGUGCAGCAAGUGCAGCAGGUGCAACAACAGCAGCAGCAACAGCAGGCGGUUGGUGGGCCAGUGGCUGCCGAGCCGAUCGGAGGUGGUGGCGAUCAUAUCUGGAAGCCGCACCACGCCAACUCGUUUAAGAAGCCCAGCGUGGUUAGCGGCUAUCCGGCAUCAGGACAGGAUGCACAGUUGCAGCUGCAGUUGCAGCAACACCAGCCAGGACAGCACACGACCAUCAACCACUCGGUCGAUCCGCCAGUGGUGCAACCACAACAACAUCCUCCAGUAGCUGCUGCCCAGCCCAAGAAGUCGCGAAGUCGCAGCAAAGCCAGUCGAGCAGCGGCGGUGGCAGCAGCAGCAGCGGAGGCAGCGGCGGAGAUCGAUCGGGAUCGAAACUCCACGGAUCCAGGAGGUGGUGGCCUGAAACCGCUCAGUGCUCACUAUCCCCCGCAUCCACAUGCCGCCGGAGGACCGCCACCGGGCCAGGACUAUCAUUCGCAGUACAUCAAGACCGAGCCCGGCUUACUUGGUCCUCCACAGCCAAAUAAAAUGGAGGGCUACGAGCGAAACUACCAGAACUUCAUCCAGUAUGCGGACUUCUGCCAAAACGAUGGCCAAGGACAGCCCGUGCAGCAGCACCAUGGUCAUGGGCAGCAGGACUACGCCGGCUAUCAUCACAACUCCGCCUAUUAUGGCGCCGGAGCCAGUAGUUUUCAGCAGAACUUCCAGCAGAACUUUGUCCCGGGAUACCAGCACUCCACCUACGGUGGCAGAGGGAAGCCGCCUGCCAACCAACCGCACCAGAUCCACGGACAUGGUCAGAGUUUGAUGGAACUGGAUCGCAAACCGGAUACCAACAGCAUCAUACCACUGCCCACGAACUACGAGAAGGAUAUACCCGCCUAUCCCAUUCCACCGCAUCGCUAUGCCCUGGGACACGGAGCUCCUCCGCACUUGAGUCACCACGGCAUGCUGGAACCCAAGAUCGAGGACAUGGGAAUGCUGGGGCACGGUGGAGGGUAUGCCUAUCUGGGGAGUGAGGGAAAACCAUUGAACAAUGGGUUCUCCUGUUGCCGACAGGGUGGCACUCGUCCACCCACCGCGGAGCACUUAAAGGACGGAACCUGCCUGGGAUUGGGUAUACAACCCAAGGAGGAACUCAUCGACGAGGACGAACUGAUAGACACCCAUGGCAAUGGGCUCAAACCCAUUGGUGGUGUGGGCAAAGCCAAGGGAAAACAGAAGCCCGAUGAAAUCCCUGAGAUUGUGGUGAAGCACGAGAAGAUCAACCCCAUGUUUGACACCACAGAUCGUCUGGAGAAGGGCAACAAGACAGAGAUUCCCGAGUGCGAGUGCUUCCAGUCCGACAAGAAUCCUCCGGAGCCGGGUACUUACUACACACAUCUGGGCACGGCUUCGUCCCUAAUGGAUUUGCGAAGAGAAUUCGAGGAGCGUUGCAACCUGACGGGUCGUCAGUUGAGAAUCGAGAAGAUCGUCUACACGGGCAAGGAGGGCAAGACUUCACAGGGAUGUCCGGUGGCCAAAUGGGUCAUCCGGCGGGCUGAUCUCGAAGAGAAGAUUCUGGUGGUGGUCAAGAAACGACCGGGUCACAGAUGCAUAGCUGCAUAUAUUGUAGUGUGUAUGGUGGCCUGGGACGGAAUGCCUCGUCUGGAGGCGGACAACGCCUACAAGAAUUUGAUCCCGAAGCUGAACAAGUACGGCCUGCCCACCACGCGAAGAUGUGCCACCAAUGAGAAUCGCACCUGUGCCUGCCAAGGACUCGAUCCGGAAUCGUCGGGCGCCUCGUACUCCUUCGGCUGCUCCUGGUCGAUGUACUACAAUGGCUGCAAGUACGCCCGUUCCAAGACGGUGCGGAAGUUCCGGCUGUCCGUGAAGAGCGAGGAGGCGGCCAUCGAGGACCACAUGAACCUGAUUGCCACCCUGUUGGCGCCGGUGUUCAAGCAGGUCUGUCCGCGAUCCUACGACAACCAGACGAAGUACGAGCACGAGGCCAGCGACUGCCGGCUGGGUCUGGAGCCCGGGAAGCCCUUCUCAGGGGUCACCGCCUGCCUGGACUUCUGCGCCCACUCCCACAGGGAUCUGCACAACAUGCAGGAUGGCUGCACGGUGCACGUGGCGCUGCUGAAGCCCGGCAAUCGGGACACCCGCCUCCCAGACGACGAGCAGUUCCACGUCCUGCCGCUCUACACGAUGGACGGCACGGAUGAAUUCGAGAGCGUCGAGGGUCAGAGGGACAAGCACCGCACCGGAGCGGUGCAAAUGCUGGACAAAUUUCCCUGCGAGGUACGCGUGCGAUCAACACCUUUGAUACCGUGCAGAAGGCAUGGCAAGAAGCGAAAGGACGGCGACGAAGCGGCGCCACCUGACGGUGAUCAGGAUGCGGUGGGGGAUGCCAACAGCCAGAGCAGCUCCAGCAACGGUGCCCAGUCCCAAGCACAAGCCAACAACCAGCAGAGCAGUCCGCCAGCCCUGGGAGCCGCGCACAUCAAAAAGGAAAACGGCACUGGUGUGAACGCCAAUGGAGCGAGUGGCAAGUCGAAGGGCAAGGGAAAGUCCAACCAGUCCAAUAACUCGAGUGCUUCCACGCCGGGAUCUGCGCCUCCGUCGACUCCCUCGCCGCGGUGCCAGACUCCAGUAACUAACAAUCCCAGUCCGGCGGGAAGUGCUUUUAGUACCCCACCCGUCCACGGAUCCAAUGCCAAUCCCCAAAACAAUGGUGGCCAAGCCACGGGCAAUCAACCCGGACAGCUCAUGAGCUCCAACUCCAGCCUGAUGAACAUGGCCACCAUGAUCGACACCUUCACGGAUGCCCAGCUGCAGUCCAACCAGAUCUCAAGUACUGUCCUAGACUCGCCGUACUCCUAUGACUACCAGACGGCUUCCUACAUAGACUCCCGGAACUACUACGGGCAGUGGCCAACGCCCCAUGCUCCAAUGGGCAUGCAGGCGCAGGUGGGUGGAUUAGGAGGAGGAGGUCCAGGAGGAACGGUGGCAGGCGUGCCACCUCUGACACCCACUACUCCUACGGCUCAACCACAAUUGGGAGUUCCGCCGGCGACUUCCAUUCCCGGAGGUACGACCACCGGAGCACCAACAGGAGCUCUUCCGGCCACAGCUCCGCCUACGGCUACCCCAACACAGCUGGAAACGAGCAAUGGCUAUGGACCUGGCAACUACCAAACCCUCGUCAGUAAUCCCGCAUCGAAUCUAACCAAUCCCGGAGGAGUAACCACGGAGGUGCAGCAACAACAUCAGCAGGCCCAACAGCAACAGUCCGCGCUGACAGGAGGAGUGGGGCCCGGUGGCCUGCCCGUAGUGGGUGGGGCACCUGGUGACCUCAAGAGCCGACUGAUCAGCGAGGAGAAUCCCGACUCCACUACCCUGGUCAAUCACCAUCACCAUCAUCAUAAUCUCACGGAGAGUAAACUAACCGCUUUGACGGCAAUGCAACCGAUGACGAACCUCGCACCGCUGACCACCUCGCACCAUCCGCAGGAGGGAUUCGUGAAGCCAAAGCCACCGCCCAGCGACUAUACGGCCCAGUACACGGCUCAGUAUCCGAACAACUACCAGAUGUACCCGCCUCCACCACCACCGCCGCAUUCGGCGUACUCCGCAUAUGAUGCCUAUCAGAACAUGAACUACAACUACGGGUAUCAUCAGGCGUACUCGCCGUACGGAAUGUAUCCACAGCAGACGCCUCCACCCACGCCUCCUCCGCCAUCGCCCAACUGGAACAUGUAUGGUCACCAUCAGACGGGGUCCGUGAACUCAGGUUAUGGCAGUGCAAAUCCGGCUGCAGGAGCGGGUUCCUUGAUAGCCAGCCAUGGGUCAGUAGCUCCCGCGGCCGUGGGCCUCCAGAAAGCGAUGGUUCCAGUGCCAGGACCACUGCAUCAUCAACAGCAACAGGUGCUACAGCAGCAGCAGCAACAGCAGCAACAGCAGCAGCAGCAGCAGCAACAACAGCAACAGCAGCAGCAGCAACAACAGCAGCAACAGGAAGCUCCGCAAACGAUAUUACCCGACCUGAGCAAUGGCCAAACCAACUCCGAUACAGUAGCAACGCCCACGCCGACUGGAGAUUCCUCCAGCAAUGACGCGGGUGCUGGCAACCCGGGAGCUGGAAACCAAGCGCCCGCAAGUGGAGCAGGUUCAGCAACAACGGCACCUCCCGUGGCCUCGCCAGGAAGCACCAAUUCCAGCAAAAUCGAGCCCAUUGGCGAGGUGGCUGAGAUCAAUGAAAACAUCGAGGCCUUCCAGGAUCCGCAAAUGGGCGGCGUGGCCAUAGCCCUGAAUCACGGCAGUGUCCUGAUAGAGUGUGCCAAGCACGAGAUGCACGCCACGACGGCGGUGCGCCGGCCAGAUCGCCAUCACCCCACGCGGAUGACCCUGAUCUUCUACCAGCACAGGAACCUCAAUCGAUGUCGCCAUGGCAUCGACGAGUGGGAGGAGAAGAUGCGGGUGAAGAAGAUCAACACGGACCUAGACAACAAAGCCAAAGAAGAGCGCGAGCGACUGAUAAAGAAGGCGGCUGGCGAGGACAUGGACGACCUCGACGAGGAUGCACUGAUGCAGGACGAGCCGGUGCCCAUUAAAAAGGAAUCCUCCGCCAAUGGGCAACAGCUAAAGAACGGAUCCAGCGGCAGUAAAAAGAAGAAGAGCAGCGAUUCCAAAAAGUCCCAGGCCAACGAGCAGUCAAAAAACGAGAAGGUUGCCCUCCACGCACCAACACUGACGACCACGUCGUGGACGACCCUGUUCCCCACGCAUCCGUGCGUGGUUUCGGGGAAAUACCCGGAGGGCAAUAGCAGUCCGACCUCGUCCACGAACAACGCGCCCAACGGUGGUGGCUGCCCCGCCCAGCAGCAGCAGCAUCUGCCUCCUCCGCCUGGCAGUGGGCUCAUCCACCCACCGCCGGGCACGCCCACUGGCACCGCAGCACCGCCGCCGCUGCCCACUCCGCAUCAGCAGCUGCCGCAGCAGCAGCAGACCUGAAUCUCUUCAGGCUGAGAGGCUACUACUGGUAACCAGCGCCGGAGUCCGCUGCAUAGACCUAAUCUUAAGAAUCCACACAAAUCAAUCCUGUUCCGGGUUUAAAUUACGAUUGAAUCUGGCGGCUCUGAGAGUAAUAAAUUGAACACAUUUCAGAUAUAUUCGAAUUGAAUUCGAAAAGAAGAGUAUCUUGAACUUCGAUUUAAAGUACUUUCAAUUAACAAGUUUUCAACGCAAAGUUAUUCCAAAAAGCUAGAUUGUAACCAAAAACUUUGACAAAUACAUAAAGCACUAAAUUUUUACUCGAUUUACUUCAGAAAUAAUGAGGAAAGUAAUUGAAAUUUUUUUUCGAAAACCGCCAAACUAAAUCGAAAUGAAACUGAAGAACAGGAUUGUAUGACUGAAAAUUCACUCAAAGCAAAGAAAAACGGAGACAGAAGAUUUAAUUAUUUUUGUAAAUGCGUUUGAUUUAGUGUGCCAUACGAGGAGAAUUAGAAGAGUCCCCGGAAAAAGAGUUGCAGUUGAAAGAGUACAGUUGACGCUGCCGGGCCAGAGUUGUCACCAUUCCACAAGAAAAUACCCAGAUACAUCACACUUCACUCAGCAAAAAUCACACAAAAAUAACAAGUUUCUAAACUGAAAGAGCAGUUAGUUUAAAAUCAACUAUUAACUUUAGUUUCUUAAGAGCCAGCAACAAAACGAUUUCUGUUAAAUGAGUUAUUUUUAAAGACAAGCAGGAAGCAAACUACAGAACUACAGAACAAGAACAAAACGAAUACUACUAAAACAAAAACUAAAUAAAGAAAUUUUUGCUUAGAAACAAAAAGUCAGACUAAGAGUUAGUGGGAGUUGAAAAAAGAUCAUUGCCAAAAGUACAAAUAAACCAUUUUUUAACAAGCAACUAGAAAAACGUAAAGAAUUUCGCAAGACAACAAAAGAAAAUAGUUGGUAACAGAGAAAAACAGUUUUUACAAAAGAACUACACUACACUACAAGAGUUUUAAA